AUGUUAUAAGAGUAGAAUGGCAUAAGGAAUGAUGAAAAAUAAAUCAAAUAUGCCUUACUUAGUAAAGAUUAAGCUGAAUAAAGAAGUAUGGAUAUAGAAAAUUGUUAAUAUACUUUGGAUUUAGUAGUAGAGAAUGACAUAAUAAUGGGAAUGAUUUUAAUAAAUUUUACUUGUUACAAUGAUCAUAUUAAGUUAGAUUUUUGUGGUUAGUAAAUUUAGAGUGUUAAAGUGAAUAAUAAUGAAUGGAGUUUAGAUGAAAUUGUUAAAAAUUGGAAAAAACAUUAAUUAUCUAUUAAUACUAUAAAAGGUGAAAAUUGCAUAAUGAUAGCUUUCAGUAUAUAAUUUUCAGAGAGUGAAUUUGGAUUAAUAAAAUAUACUUAAAAUUAGUCAACUUAUAUUAUUUCUUUAUUUUGUCCAAAUUAUUGUCAUUCAGUAUCUACAAAUAUAAUAUCAUUAGUGUUUUCCUUGUUUUGAUUAACCAGACAUUAAGGCUAAGAUUAAAUUACAAUUAAUAUGUCCAAAAGAAUGGCUAGCUAUAUCAAAUAUGAAUCCAAAUUUAAUUGAAUAAUGUUCUGAAACAUAAAAUCAAUGGAAUUUUGCAACUACUCCAAAAAUUAGUCUCUAUCUUUUCAGUUUAAAUAUGGGUUAAUGGAAAAAGAUUACUAAAGUUUUGAACUAAGGUAUUCAAAUGAAUCUCUAUACAGAAUAAGAUAAAUAUAUCACUUGUUUGAAGUAAUAAAUAUAAAUUAAAUUGAAGUUCAUCAAUUUUAAUCUAAAAAUGUAUGGAAGAAGGAUUUAAUUAUUAUCAAUCUUUAUUCAAUAUUCCAUUUCCAUUUGAAAAAUAUGAUUUGAUAUUUUGUACAUUUUAUUUCUCAGGAAUGGAACAUCCUGGAGCUGUAUUAAUUUCUAGAAAUAUGAUAUAAAAUAGAUUUGAUUCUAAUUAAUUGACAAAAUUAUUUCUUUUAUUAUUACAUGAACUAUCACAUAUGUGGUUUGGUAAUUUAGUUACAAUGAAAUGGUGGAAUGAUUUAUGGUUAAAUGAGGCCUUUGCUGUAUAUAUCUCAUAUGAAGCAUUAGCCUCAGUAUAGUAAUAGGAAUCACUUAAAGGUUAUAAGUUUAAUGAUACAAAAAUACAUUAUUUAUUAUAUAAAUAGAAUGGAGUAAAUUUAGAUAUUAAUUCACAUUCACAUCCAAUAGAAAUGAAGAUUGAAGAUGCAAAUUAAGGUUUAUAAGCUUUUGAUUCUAUUACUUAUAAUAAAGGUUCAGCUGUCCUUUCUGCUUUAGUUAAAUUAAUUGGUUUCAAUGAAUUCAUAGAAAUUGUUAAAUAAUAUUUGGAUAAAUUUAAAUGGAGAAAUGCUACAACUAAUGAUUUAUUUGAUUUAAUUCAAUAAUAUUCUAAAGUUGUUGAUAUAGAUAGAUGGAGACGAGAAUUUAUAUAAUAAAAUGGAAUUAAUGUAAUUGAAAUAAUCACAUAAGAUUAAUAAUCAAUUUUAAAGUAAAGUUCAAUUAGUGGUAAUGCAAUUAGAUAACAUUAUAUGAAUAUCUUAUUAAUAAAAGAAAAUAAUUAAAUGGAAUAAAAAUAAAUAAUGAUGACUAAAGAGUGUCAUUAUUUAUGUGAAUCAAAGGACUAUUCUGCUGCUAUUCUAAAUUAUACUGAUGAUGCUUAUUGUAUUUCAACUAUGGAUGAUAAAUCUUUAAGUUUUAUUCUUUCGAACUUUAUCGAAUUAAAAUUAUCAAAUUAAAUAAGAGUUUUAAUACUCAAUAAUAUAUUUUAAAUGACUUAUAUUCUAGGAACAUUUAAAGUUAAAUACUUUUUAGAAUUUGUGUUACAAUCUAUGAAUCAAGAUAUUGAUGCUGAAGUAUAUUGUCAUUCCCAUAAACUCUUAGGUUUUAAACUUUAUGAUUGAAAAAGUAGAGAUACUCUUUAUGAAUUUAAAUGUUGAACAAUAACUUAAGUUUGGUCCAAUUAUCUUUGAUAAACUCUAUUUACUUAUAUCACUCAAUAUUGAAUUGAAAGAAAUUAUACACAAUUAGAUUGGAAACUUUGCCUUUAAUUAAGAACAUAUCCAUUAAAUAUAUGAAAUCUUAACUUUACAUUAAAAAUCUAAUAGAAGUUUAAUGUUAUUAGGAAGAUUUCUUGAUUGUUUAUUCUACAAAAAACAUCUUUUAAAUUAGGAUCAUCUCUAAUCUUAUGAAUUAUUUUGGAGUACAUUAAAAUCUUAUAAUCCAAAUUUUGUUAUUAGAUAAAAUGCUGCUGCAUUUACUUUAGAAGAAAUACAAUAAUAUUUCAAUUCUUUACUUCAAAACACAGCUGAAUAUAAUUAAAUGGAGAAUAUGUUUAAAGGAAUUAAUAAUCCAUACUCUUUGAUAUAUGAUUAAUAUUUAGAAAUCUAUUAUUCUAAUAUUAAAAAUUUAUGUGCUUGUCUUGAUUAACAUAAAAUCUUAAUGUAAUAAUAUUGUUUUAUAAUUUAGUGUACUUAAUGAGGGAUUCCCAAGAUAAGGAGAUUUUAAUAUAUAAUUGUAAAUUUUAAAUGAAUUAAAAUAAGAAUUUCCAAAUUUAAAUUUUACACUAAAUAAACUAAAAUAGAGAUCAAUAUAAAGAUAAAAAAUACAAUAAUCAUUUGAUUGA